AUGGAGAUGCAAAGUCAAAAUGCUGAAUUGAAGGACUCUAUAACAAAUAGUAUUAUGGAAAAGAUGGAUGAGAAACUAAUCCCUAUUAUAGAAGAAAAUAAGAACUUGAAAACUAAAGUAGAAAAACUGGAAAAAGAAAUAGAUUAUCUCAAGAGGGCUGAGAAAAACGAUAAUAUUAUAGUAUUCGGCUUAGAAGAAAACGAAAAAUCCUCUUAUGAAUUAUUACAAAAACUCAAACAAACCUUCAACCAAGAUUUGAAUAUUAAAAUAGAAGAAUACGAUAUCAACAAAAUUUAUCGCUUAGGAAAAAGAAAGAGAGAGAGCAACAAACCGAGACCGGUACUGUGUUCGUUUAUAAGCAACUGGAAAAAGACCGAAAUCAUCAAAAGUAAAAAGAACCUAAAAACUAUAUACAUUGCGGAGGACUACUCGAAGGAUGUGUUAGAAAAAAGAAAAGAGCUGCAAGCCAAGUUAAUUGAAGAGAGACAAAAAGGCAAUAUAGCAUACCUAAAAUAUGAUAAAUUGAUUGUUAAAGAGAAUAACUACAGCCAAGAAAAAAGGAAAAGGGAAAUAUCCGCUUCACCUUCUUCAGAUAAUAAUCAACCAAAAAAGCAACAAACCGUAAACACAAUAAAGACAAACAGGUCAAAUGCUUUUGAUUUAAUGCGAUAUAGAUCCAGCUCCCUUUCGAACAUGCCUAAUACUAAUAAAAACCAAUAG